CCCCUCUCCGGCAGUAAACAGGCUCUCAGAUACACUCCCUCCGUUCACAUCGGCAGCUUCACAGCCUCACAGCAGAGACUGUCCAACUUGUUCUCAUCCAGGCGCCGGAGGAAGAGGAAUAGACGAGAACCGGGCGGAUUUAUUUUGCGUUACUGAUGUUCGGAAUGGAAAUCCCGGAGCUGGCGGUGAGAAGUUGUUUUAUCCGGUUGAUCGCAUGAGCGCGAGCAGCAAACUCACGGAACUGGAUUACAGCACAAAAAGGAAGAAGAAUUCCACCUGCUUAUGCGCAUCCUGAUAAAUGAGAGCAGGGUGUGAGAGGAUGAGGUGGACUCUACUCCACCAACCAUCAUGGAUCCAAACUCAUACUACUGGUCGCUGCUUCAUCUCAGCAUGACGACUUCUUUCUGAGCUAUUACACCUGGGGAAUUGACCCUGUGGACAUUAUGACACAGAUGGACUACAAGUACAACCUUCUAGGAUCCACCGUGAAUGACUACAACAAGAGGCCAUUACUCCUGCAGGUGGACAGUGCACCCAUGAACCUAUUUGCCAUUCUGGAGGUGAAACGGGAGCUACCAAAACGCUGGAGCAAUGCCACCUGUAAGAUCCGUCUCUACAGCUUCCUAUUUGGCCUGGCUAUCAUGUUCGUCAUCAUGGCAUCAUAUAUUCUGACGGGAGACAAAAAGGGCCUCCUCCUCACCCCAUCCCCUUACCACUUCAGCAGCCUGGUCAGUCCAGGACCUUUUGCCUUCAAUCUUUCCUCAGUGAAGGACUAUGCACAUAUCAAACUGGUGGUCAAGUCCAUCACAUCCAAGGUGGAGUUUCGGAGCAGUCGACAGAUUCCAGCUCUGAAAGCUCUGGUCCAAAGUGAUCCACAUAUGUUUUCUGUCAUUCCUCACAAAUUCCUGCCCGGCAUUAAGAACCCCUGCUGGUAUGAGGAAUUCACUGGGAACCUCACCUCGGACCCAUACCGGACUAACUUGUAUGGACGAUAUUCGCGCCGUUUCCGGAUAGUUUUUCAGCACUUGAGGAACACUUUCCCUGACCACUUGUUGCAUCGCAACAGGAAACUCUACCGCUUGCGAUGCCUUCCUUACUUCUACAUCAUGGGCCAACCGAAGUGUGGCACCACCGACCUGUAUGACAGGCUGAGAUUACACCCAGACGUCAAGUUCACCACUUUUAAAGAGCCACACUGGUGGACACGCAAGCGGUUUGGCAUCAUUCGUCUUAGUGAGGGCUUCCACGACCGAUACCCAGUGGGAGACUACCUGGAUUUAUUUGAUCAGGCUGCUUACCAAAUCCAAGGCAACCUGACUGCAAACACCAACGGAUCCCCCAGCCAUCCGAGUAUCAUCAUAGGAGAAGCCAGCGCCUCCACCAUGUGGGACAACAACGCCUGGGUGUAUUUCUAUGACAACACCACAGAGGGAGAGCCUCCGUUCCUCAUCCAGGACUUCAUCCAUGCCCUGCAGCCCGAUGCCCGCUUUAUUGUCAUGCUCAGGGACCCAGUGGAAAGGCUUUACUCUGACUACCUUUACUUUGGCAUUGCCAACAAAUCAGCUGAGGACUUCCAUGAGAAGGUGUCAGAGUCACUGCAGCUAUUUGAAGGGUGCCUUACAGAGUAUACAAUGCGCUCCUGUGUGUACAACACUACUAUCAACAAUGCUAUGCCAGUGAGAUUGCAGGUUGGUCUGUACAUUGUAUAUUUGAUGGAUUGGCUAACAGUUUUCAGCAAGGAGCAGAUUCUGGUUCUGAGGUUGGAAGACCAUGCCAAUAACAGGAAAUACACGAUGCACAAAGUCUUUGAUUUUCUUAGCCUGGGACCAAUUACAAAACAAAUUGAAUCAGAAAUCACAAAAAGUCCAGCGUCAAACACCAGAAGACCAGCAGACAAAAGCUUGGGCCCCAUGCUAACUAUAACAAAAGAGAUCCUGAAGGACUUUUACAUGCCGUUCAAUGAGAAACUGGCAAAAGUUUUGAGGAAUGACUCUUUCCUCUGGGACUCAAAGCCCUGAAUGGCAGGAGGACCUCAUCUAAACCUCGCUCAAGUGCCCCUGUAAAUCAAAUUAUUUUUCAGUGUAAAUUAUUUUUAAGUUAUAAAAAGACAUAAAUCAAAGAUAGAACAAAAUAAA